AUGAUGAAAAAGCACUUGAUAGACAAUCAGAAAGUUAUGUCAGAGAACCAACAAGUUAGGGUUGAGAAUGAACAAUUAUGCACAGAGUUCAGAAAUCUACAGAGACAACUUGGGAAAAUGGAUAACAAUCAGAACACUAGACCUGCUGGAGCUCUCCCAAGUGAGACAGAGAAAAAUUCUCAAGUCAAUGCAGUGACGUUGAGAAAUGGGAGAGAGUUGGUAGAAGUGCCUAAGAAGAAAAUGGAGCCGUCUGGGCUCGAAAAAGAAAGAGUGCCAAAACCUGUAGAGGUAGAUGAGAAAAACAAAAUAGAGUCUGAGCAUAUAUCAGAGCGGGUGCCUACCCCUUUUCCUCAAAUAUUGAGAAAGAAGAAUGAUGACCACAUGUUUCACAAAUUUCUAGAUAUGCUAAAGCAGAUACACUUGAACAUCCCUUUGAUGGACAUGCUCUGUGAUGUCCCAAAAUAUGCAAAAUAUAUUAAGGAUAUAGUGGCAAAUAAAAGGAGGUUAACUGAGUUUGAAACCAUCGCACUUACUGAGGAGUGCACUUCCAGGAAUCAUUACAAGCUUUCACAAAAGCUUAAGGAUCCGGGUAGUUUUACCAUCCCCGUGAGGAUUGGUGUGAUCGACGUGGGUAGAGCCUUGUGUGAUUUAGGUGCAAAUUUUAUCAUCCUGGACUACGAGGCUGAUGAGUUAGUUCCAAUCAUCUUGGGACGGCCUCUCUUGGCCACUGGAAAUGCAAUUAUCAAAUUGCCUCGUCAUUACGAUGACCUUGCCAAGAUUUCUGUGUUGGAGAUAAAUGAACCAGUUGUGGAGCCAAGUGCGUUUAAAGAAGAUGCACUAGAAAAGGCAUUGAUGUUAUUCAAUCACUUGGAACUUGAAGAAGAGGAAGAAAAGCUAUUAAGGGUAUUGAGGGAGCACAAGCAUGCCAUUGGUUGGACUAUGUUUGACAUAAAGGGUAUUAGCCCUGCAUUUUGCAUGCACAAAAUACUAAUGGAGGAGGGACACAAGCCUAGCGUGGAACAUCAAUGCCGCCUAAAUUCAAUCAUGAAAGAGGUGGUAAGAAAAGAAGUGAUUAAAUGGCUCGACGCAGAUUAUAGGAAGUUGAAUAAUGCUCCACGAAAAGAUCACUUCCCUCUCCCCUUCAUUGAUCAAAUGCUUAACAGGUUAGCCGGACAGGAAUGUUAUUGUUUCCUUGACGGCUAUUCAGGGUAUAAUCAGAUUGCUGUUGCCCCCGAAGAUCAAGAAAAGACAACUUUUACAUGCCCUUAUGGCACAUAUGCAUUUAAGAGAAUGGCAUUCGGAUUAUAUAAUGCACAUGCGACUUUUCAAUGGUGUACGAUGGCUAUUUUCACCGAUAUGGUGGAACAAUGUGUUGAGGUCUUUAUGGAUUAUUUUUAUGUGUUUGGUCCCUCUUUUGAUGAAUGCUUGACCAAUCUUGCUAAAGUGCUUGCUAGGUGCGAGGAGACUAAUCUGGUACUGAAUUGGGAAAAGUACCAUUUUAUGGUGCGUGAAGGUAUAGUGCUGGGGCACAAGGUGUCCAAAGAUGGAAUGGAAGUUGACAAGGCUAAGGUGGAAGCAAUUGAAAAGUUGUUAGAGAAGGAUGUGCCAUUCAUGUUUGACGAUGCUUGUCCGAAAGAAUCUGAGAAGCUGAAAAGAAGUUAG